UUUUCAUUGCAUCAAUAUCUAAUAGUAUUAGAUUAUUAAAAUAUUAUAUCUAAUAUUUUACAACAUCGUUUUUUUUAAUACGGUCACUUUUCAAUUCGUACAUGCGCAAAGCAUUCUGGGACUCAGCUGUCAUGGCGACGUACACACACAGCACCUGAGCGCUCGAGUUCCUCAAACCUACCUGCGACUUCCGUGUGUUUUGUCUUAAUCCUGAGAUUUGAGCGACUGACUGGUAUAAAAAAACAUGCUGAGUGGAAACAAAGCCGUGGAGCUGCAAAUGCAGAUGCGUCAAAAUGCAGAGGAUCUUCAGAGCUUUAUGAGGGAUCUCAAUAGCUGGGAAGAGGACAUCAAGAAAAAGGAUGAACAGCUUCGUGCAGGAAACCUGGCGGACCCUCAGAAGCCCCUCCCACCUGUAAGAAACAAGGACUACAAGAAGAAGCGCAGGGUCAGAGGUCAAGUCCGGGAUGAGAACGUUCAAGGCGAGCAGAAACCCGUCCAAAGAAUAAAAUCAUACGACUAUAAAUCCUGGGAGAAAUUCAACGUGGACAAGGCCCUCGAGGCACUGGAUAAAGACACCAGCCCGGCUGACUCUAAUGACUCCGACUCUGAGGAAGCGCAAGGAGAUCGAGACCUAGCCAUGAAGGAGAAGGAGAAGGGUAACAGUUUUUUCAAAGAUGGAAAGUAUGAUGACGCCAUCGAGUGCUACACCAGAGGCAUGAGUGCAGACCCAUACAGCCCGGUUCUUCCCGUGAACCGAGCAACCUGCUUCUUCAGAUUGAAAAAAUACUCUGUCGCUGAGUCGGACUGUAACCUGGCCAUAGCGCUGGACAGCAAAUACGUUAAAGCUUAUAGCCGAAGAGGAGCCUGUCGAUUUGCUCUUAAAAACCAUCACGGUGCUCUAGAAGAUUACCAAACGGUGCUGAAGAUGGAGCCGGAGAACUUCGACGCUCAGAACGAGAUAAAGAAACUGAACCAGGUUUUAGGUUCCCAAAAGCGCGAAGAAGCGGAGAAGAGCGAGUCCGAGGUGCCGCUUGCAGAAGCCGUAAAACCGAAGCAGUUGGAACCGGAACAACAGAGACAGCAAGAGGCGGCGGUGCAAAAGGACAGGGGAAACGCUUACUUCAAAGAGGGCAAAUACGAGGCGGCGGUGGACUGCUACACUAAAGGCAUGAAGGCCGACGACACAAACGUUCUGCUUGCUGCCAACAGGGCAAUGGCUUACCUCAAACUUGAGAGAUAUGCUGAGGCAGAAGAAGACUGCACCAAAGCAAUAGCUCUGGACGACACGUACUCGAAAGCUUUCGCUCGACGUGGCACAGCCAGGGUGGCACUGGGAAGACUUUCUGAUGCCAAAGCAGAUUUCGAGCAACUUCUGAAACUCGAACCAGGAAACAAGCAAGCGAUGAACGAGCUCAAAAAACUCCACAUGGGAACCACGGAACAAGCAGAUGGCACACAGAGAAGAACAGUGCAGCCAAUCGACAUACCGGAACACCUCAGAUCCAAAAAGCCGUUAAGAAGAAUCGAGAUCGAGGAAGUUGGUGGAAAGCUCACACCCUUGGCUGAGCCGGAGAGAGUCACGGAGAAGGCGAGCUCCACAGGGUCUGGGUCGAUGUCCAGUGCAUCAGCUUCUUCAUCAGAGAGAGAGAUGAAAUGUGAGGCUCCUCUGUGCUCUUCUUUGCCAUUGGCUAAGAUCCAGAAGAUAGAGGAGAUAUCACAGCCUCCAUCAGAAUCACCAGCUAUAGUCCCAUGUGAGGAUUCCUUCGGAAAAGAGAAUGCAUUGCAGAGAAAGGAACAAGUCCCCAUUAAAACGGAGAAACCCUCAUCAUCGUCCUCCUCUUGUCAAGUUCAACUUCAAGUUCCUCCUCCACCUCCUGCAAACAGCUUCCAGCUAGAAGCAGAUCUAAGAAAGAUUGGUAAUCACCCUGAACUCAUGUAUCAGUAUUUAAAGCAAAUUCAUCCUGAUGAUUUUCAAACGAUUUUCCAAAACACACUGAGUCCUGAGGUGCUCAAUAAGAUUCUGAGCGUACUUCAAGGUUUUUACAUUAAAAAUGAAGACCCAUCACUCAUUCUCUCCAUCCUAAAAAGUUUGUCCAGCGUGAGAAGAUUUGACAUGGUUGUCAUGUUCAUGUUGUCCCCUGAAAAACAAGUGUUACAGGAGCUGUUUCAGUGCAUUUCUCAUGCAGGCCUGGAGGACGAUUCUGUCAAAGCCUUAAAGAAGAAAUAUGGAGUCUAGCUGCUGUGUUGUGGAGAGACGAACGAGGAGAACUGCAUCUCAUCCCUCAAAUAUAGAUUUCAAAUAAUGAAAUAUGUUUGGCUGUGAUUUUUUUUUUUUCACUCCUGGGGGGGGGGAAGGUUUGAUUUUGUAUUAAUGAUCUAUUAACCACCCAAUUCGCUCAUUAUAAUUCAGUUACAUAAUUAUAUAUUACUAGUGAGAGUGUAAACGUUUGUCACAUUGAUAUUGAGUCAUAAUGUAUUCAUUAUUAUAAACUGUAUAAUGCUUGCAAAAAGCAGCAGCAGCUCCGCUCGCUCAGCUGUGGCCCGACCUGCGAAAUAAAACAAAAUCCCACCAUCAAAA